GCGCUUGGCGACAAUCCAGUGCUCACCUUCAAGGCUGGCUCUGGCAACAAUACGGGUGAUAUUUUCAAGCGCCGCGCGUGCCACAACGCCGAGAGUCGCAUCUUCCAGCUGCUCUCGAACGACGACGAACUCAGAAACCAGUGGAAGAAUAUGAACGGUGCCAACGACCGCGCGGCUUUCUGGGCGAGGGCCCAAUCUUUGUACGGCAAGGAGCUGAAGAUCUUCGUUGAGGAGACGCUCGAGGAAGCCUUUUCGCACACGACGAAGGACGACGCUCACGCUGAUGCAGACUGGCUCGACGAGGACGAGGUCAGGAACCAUCCGAAGCUGCAGGGCAAGGCUGAUCAGAUCAGCAACAUCCUGAAGAACGGGAAGACGUGGUUCGACACUGGCCGCGGGACGAAACUGUACGAGGUGUUCUUCUACCAGACGAAGAAGUCGGACACCGAGGAACAGAACAGGACGAUGAAGCGCAAGGUUGCCCUCAACGCGGUCAAGAGUGACGAGAUGGAGGACUUCGUCUCGAAGCGGCAGCUCACAGCCGCGGGCAACUCUCUGAGUGAGCUGAUCCGCGUUGGCGACAUGAUCAACGCCGUCACCGCGCGCGGCAAGUGCGAGAAGGGCUUCGUCACGACUGCUUGCAAGGAGGGCAACUCGAAGGCGUCGUCGGCCAAGAGUGCAACUGCUACUUUGAACGACCUCUUGAAAACGGCUGCAGAGGAGCUCGAGGCCGAAGCCGAGGCUGUGGGUGCCGAUUUGUGA